AUGUUAUCCAGGAACGUCACCACGGAAAAUAAUAAGAAAGACGAAAAGCGACCUAAGCGAAAGAGGAUAUCCGAUAUGAGGGUUGAUAUCAGAGGGCUAAAGUGUGCCACCGCACUUCGUGCUGGAGUCAAAGCUGCCAUGUACGAAAGUAGCUGCUCCUACGGCGGAGCUCUUGAACUCAAAAGAAGUGCAUUGAAAGAAGAUCCUUGGCCUUCAACAGAAUGGCCGCCAUACCGCUUACACCAAUCUACAUUCGAACAAUUGAAACAAAGUGUAGAAAAGGCAAAGGCAGCUCUUCAAGACAGAUCAGGUUUAUUGGGCACAGCAACAGCGUUCGGUGACUUUUAUGGGGGUCAAUUAGGACAAGAGACGACAAGUUCAACUCUAGGUUUCGGCAGAGCAACGAGAACAGAUGAUUCUAUGAUAACUUCUAUAGAUAAAAACAAAGGACUAGGUUCAGAGAAGAUAUCGAGUGGAUUAACGAAAGCUUAUUCGUCUUCUUCCACUCUGUCGGAUACGCUGAGAGCAUCGAAAUGUUCAGGUCAACAACCUACUAGAUAUCAAGCUUAUAAACUAAUAGCUUUGAUCCCCUUUAACCCUCCCCAAGCCGACUUUAUUGCCCGAGACAGAGUUAACAAAAUUAAUGGC